GAUGCUGCAGAUAUUCUGUCUCACUUGCACACUCCAUCUCAGUGCAGCAACUUUGGAUCGGUGAAAGGCCACCUGGUACAGUAAUCUGCAAGGAGACGGAGAGAUGCCUUCUCCUCAACUUAUUGCCUUUCUGGCGUCUCUAGCUGUCCUGGCCAUCGGUGGGCUCAUUUCCAAUGGCUUUAUUGUGGCAGUGAUAGUCAUUGAGUGGGCUAGAAGCAGGAAACUUGAUGCAAGAGAACAACUUCUUCUGUCCCUAGGUAUGUCCAAUAUUGGCUACUCGGCUUUUCCUUGCUCAAUCACGGUUGUAGCCUCACUCUACAGACACGUCUACAAAGUGACUGGGAAAGGAUCCAAUGUUAGGAGCCUCCAAACAGACGCUCACACCAAGGCAGCUGGGACAGUGCUCCUCCUCCUGAUCCUUUCCAUUUCUUUUUACGCGGCAAAGAUCUUAUUUUUAACUGGCUAUAUUAACAAAGAUAUAGUUGCCAUUUCAGUGUGUCUGACUCUGAUACUAAUGUACUCCCCUGUGCAGGCUGCCCUCCUGGUGUUGGUGAAUCCCAAGCUGAAGCAGGCAGCUGCCAGGAUGCUUCCAAGAGCAAAGCCUUAA